AUUGGAAGCAGAGGUGGGUAGGGAAGCAGAAAGAAGUGACUGAAUAGAUGUGCUUUUGAGGCAGCAAGAGGAAAAAGCUGAGCCUGAUGGCAGCUCCCAGUCACUUGCUGUGCAUUUGUGUGUAUAGAACAUCAAGUCAGAGCCCCAAGCAGAGCUGCCCGAAGCUCAGAGUGCCAUCAUGGCAGUGGAGAGGAGGAAGAAGGAAGACAUGAGAAGAAUUCAAGAGGAGAUUCAUCUCCAUCAGCACAGGGGCAAUCAACAAAAACAUGUAAGUGAAAGAGUGGCAGCCACUCCACCCAUGAAACAGCGUGUUUAUUCUUGGUUACAGACCAUCAAGGAAGAUGUGCAGGCGGAGCUGCAGGAAUCUGAGGAUAGGAACAAGGAAAGGGUGAGGAGGCUGGAGGAAGAAAUGAAAAUCAUCAGAGAGAAACUUAACCGCCUCCCUUGGGCUCUACAAAAGCAAGUGACAAAAGUAACAGCCAUCUCUCCCCUGGCUCCCUCUGCUCCUGGAGAAGACGCCAAAAAGGAGCAAAAUGAGCAGGAUAACCACAUGCGCCCAGCCGUGGUCACAGCCCAGCCUGAUCAUCCCAAGAGAGUGACGAAAGGAACAGCCGUCUCUCCCAUGGCUCCCUCUGCUCCCGGAGAAGAAGGCAAAGAGAAGCAAAGGGAGCGAGAGAAGCAGAAGCAGCCCUCUGUUUUGACAGCCCAGGCUGCUCCUUGCAAGAGAGUCCUUGUAGAGAAAGAGCAGGACGAGGCUUCUUUAUCAGAGAUGCCAUGCCAGGCUCAGGGAGAGCUGUUCCCAGCCCGAGAGCAGGAAGAGCAGCUCAGGCAGCAGGUGGAAGAGCCACAGCAGAAUGGCCAGAACAUUUACAAACAGAUGCCGGCAGAGCUGCAGGAAACUGAGGCUAGGAACAGGGCAAGGAAGAAGAGGCCAGAAGAAAUUCUUGAAAUCAUCAUAAAGAAAUUUAAACUCCUCCUUCAGGAGAAAAUGGCUCUAGAUGCGAAAGUGCAUGUGUUGACAUCCUACCUGGAAGCCUUUGAAGAGUUCCAGCAAAUGACAGGAGACCAAGAGACCCAAGACUGGAGUGAGGCCCAGGAACCAAACCAACCAGAGAUGCUGCAGGAUAAGCACAUCCCCAGGAUGGUGCAGGAAAAGACAAAUCAAGACCGGGAGAUCUGCAGUGGCCUUCUCACUGAAGCAGCUGCUUCAGCAGCAGCAGCAGCAGCACCAUCCCAAGGAGCCUUUGCUCUCCAGCUGGAGAAGUGGAGCUGGGGCACUUGGUUCACCUCCUGCGCUGACCCAGCUGCCGCUCAGCAACAGCGGAUCGAGGAUGACUCCCUGCAGCAAUGGAGGAGAAUGGUGAAGAUGGAAAAUCCCAUGAUGAAAUACACUAAUCUGGAAUAUAUUGGCAGUGGGACUUUUGGAGAUGUUUGUAAAGCACUCGACACUGCCACAGGAGGAGAGGUGGCCAUAAAGAAAAUAAAUCUUCAAGAACUGAUCAGAAGGGAAGUAACCUUUAAGGAACUCAUGGUCAUGAAAAUUAAUAAGCACCUAAACGUUUUGAAUUAUUUAAAGAGUGCAUGCCAGGAAGACUAG